AUGGCCUUUCAGAACAGCCAUUUUUCCUUGGCCUAUGACCGACCCUCUAUCACAAUGAUCAGCCAACCCGACAUUCCGUAUCAUCGCAAGUCGAUGCCCGGACAUCGAUCCUAUUUCGAAACACUUUCUCGCAUAAUCGGAGUUGUGCUCGAGUCACUGCGGAACUUGAUGAUGGUACAUCACUCACAACAUCGACCUCACGAAAUUCACGAUUAUGUGCAACGAAUCCGCAAUAUCGUUGCGGAGACUGCACCACAUUUGAGAUAUCGGGAGCAUUGUAUGUCGUUGGCUGACAACAUCGAACGGGCGGAAUUGAGGUUGCACUCUUCAUACUAUAUCUCCGUGCUCUGUCGCGUCUCAUUGGACCCAGAAGCCAUAAAGGAUGAACACAAACGUGAGCGAAUCCGCCAGGAAUGCCUAAGUAACCUGGUGAGUACGAUCGAGGCUUUCAUUGAGCUCCACACGAUGAGUAAAUACGCGUCCCGCACAUGGAUCAGCGUACAGAGAACCAUCGCAUCGGCUUUUCUUUUACUCAUGAACACCAGUAGCCAGCAGUGGCCGCGGACUUGGGACCUGGUUGAGCGUCUUGAAAUAGUUUUAGCCGAUCAUGUGUAUUCAGACGGCACUGUGAAUCCUCAGACUCGGACAGACUCGGCAAAACACCUCUCAUCAUCGUUGGAAGCGCUCCGUGAGGUAAAUGCCGCGCUGCGUAAAAGCAAAGCGCAAACGUCAGCCGCGAAAGAAGAUGCUGCCACUCAGGACAUUCCCACGACGUUUAUGCCCACGCCUGAUUUGGCCAAUAUAGCUGCCACAAUGCCGCCUUUUACGGAAGCAUAUAGCAUGCCCUUGGAAGACGGUCAUAUUGGCAGUAUCUUGAACCAAGUGUCAGAUGUGAUGAUGUUCCCUAGCAGGACAUACUGA